AUAUCAAAUAAGAGAAAAAUAAUUCAGUCGAUAGCAAGUUUUGAAGUCAUUGGUAAGCGCAAAAUGGCACUUGAUCAGCUUCGUAAAGGGAUGAAAACCCUUGGUCUCCUGGAUAAGAUAGAAAAGCAUGCAGGUUUAUUUGAAAGUGUCUUUAAUCGAGGACAAGAGAAGUUAACACCGGCAUCAAUCAAAGACCACCUACUGUUUUCUCAACAACAAGAAGUGAUGCAGCACAUGCUCAUAAGAUUCGUAGACGAGUCGCCACUACAGUCGCCAAGCCAAUCCCGCAGUGUUUCAAUUCAUCAAUACUAG